AUGUCUGAUCCUUUAUCACAUUAUUGCCAACAACAAAAUGAAAAUACUAUUACAUAUACCUCUUCUACUGGUAAAUUCAUUACAAUCAAAAAGAAAGAACAACAAGGAAUAUCAAAUCCCGAUAAUAAUAUUAUUAGCAACUCUUCUUUCUGGAAAAAUGGCUCCAAUUAUGGAAUUGACAUUAAUACUUUAAUGGAUAAUAUUAACAAAAAAAAAGAGGAAAAACAAAAACAACAUGAUCAUAAUAGAUCCACUACUAACAAGAAUAGUACCGAUAAGAAUAAUACUAAUAAAGGCACUUUAUGGGCAGAGAAAUGGAGGCCGAGUUUAUUUUUAGAUUUAGUUGGCAAUGAGAAGAAUAAUAGAAAAAUAUUGAAAUGGUUAAGGCAUUGGGCACCCUUAGUUUUUCAAGAGGACUUGCCAAAAAACUUUUUCACCAAUAGCAUUGUUAAUACAAGUAAUAAAGAUGUGGACAUCAAAGAAGAUUUAGAAAAGGAUAUAUUACAACGACCUGCCAAGAAGAUUUUACUGAUAUACGGUUCUCCAGGAAUUGGAAAGACCACUGUUGCACAUGUAUUGUCGAAGCAAGCCGGAUUUACUCCAAGGGAAAUUAAUGCAAGUGACGAAAGGGCCGGUACCAAACUUAAGGAUAAACUAACCAACACAUUAUUUAACGCUUCCGUUGAUAAAAAUGAUUCACCUGUUUGUUUAAUUUGUGAUGAAAUUGAUGGAAGUAUAGAAAAUGGGAUUAUUAAAAAUUUGAUCGAUAUACUUAAUAAGGAUAUUGUAGCAACCAAGGAACUAGGACAUAGUGUAGUUGUGUCAGCCACGGAUAAUGUUGCAAAAAAUAAACUGAAGAGUAAGACUAAGGCAUUGAGAAGCAAGAUAUUGACAAGACCAAUCAUAAUUAUCUGUAACAAUUUAUAUUCUAAGCCAUUGGAAAAACUAAGAUCUUAUUGUGAAAUCAUCCAUUUCCAUAAACCCAAUGAAAAGGAGUUGCUAACUAGGUUAGAGUUAAUUUGUAAAACUGAAAAAAUUAACGCCUCUAAAAAAACAUUGAUGAAAUUAAUUGAAAUUUGUCAGUCUGAUAUUAGAAACUGUAUCAAUAAUUUGCAAUUUUUAUCAAAUAAUAACAGCACUCAGGGCGCAGGCUUGAUUACUCUAGAUGUUGAUAUCAAUAAUAACGAGGAUAACAACCAAAACAUUGAAAAAGAUGUUCCAUUGCCUUGGUAUCAGUUAGUUCAAUUAAUAUUCCAAAAAAAUCCUAAAAUUGAUGGGUCCAUAAUUUUUUUGACACUUUUAAAUAAAUUGGAACUGCAAUCGUUUUCCACUAUAGAUCGUAUUAUUAGCGGUUGCUUUAAUAAUUACUCAAUUGUAAAAUAUUCAGAUAUUGGCAGCGUCAAUAAACCAAGUGCAUUAAGUAACUGGCUUUAUUUUUAUGAUCUUUUACAGGGGAAAAUAUACAGCACCAAUGGUGGUACUGAAUUUGAAGUUCUGAGAUACGCCUAUGUGAUUCCACUGGUAUUCCACGAGCUUUUUGCAGAUGUCACCAAUUUCAGAAAUAAUCACGCUAUCGAUUUCCAAUUUGGUAAUAAGUUCUCCAGUCUAGAAUUGAGAAAUAAAAUCUCAAAUUUACGGAAUAUAGUGGAUUUAAUAAAAAAAAACCUAACUCCGUGCGAUUUAUAUAUAUAUUACAAUAGCAAUAGCCAAAUUUUCAUAAAUGAGUUAUUGCCGUAUGUUAAUAUUCUAUUAAAUACUGAUUACUUGAAAACUAUUACUGAUUCUAAUUUAAGAAAUAAAGUGGUUUCUGAAAAUAUUAUACCAUUAAUUCAUAUUAACAUACCUGUUUUGAAAUUUAUUGUUAAUGGUAAGAAUGAGCAAUUUUUGGACGUAUCACCGCCAAUAUACAAAAUUGUAGAGUUUGGAACUGAGGAGAAUAAUUAUGGUAACGUUAACAUGAUGUUGAAAAGGAAUAUUUGUUAUAAAUAUUUACUUUCAAAAUUAGAAGAAUAUAAAAUUAAUAAUAAAAGAAAGAGAAGUUAUGAAAAUGAGAAAAAUACCAGUGGUUCUGUUACAAACACAAACAAUAGUAAUAAAAAAGUUAAAAAAUCAAAUAUUGUUAACAAUGAUAAUAUAGUUAAUCACAACAUUUCUAGUACAUCACCAAGUAGCACAAAUACAGGGUCAUUUACUAGUAUUGCUCCAACUCUUGAUAACAAUACAGACAAAAGGGGGAAAAGCAAACCUACAAACGCAUUUGAGUUUUUUAAAAUGAAAACCGUGGUACCAUUGUCUGAUAAAGAUGUUAGGAACGGCGCUGAUGGGAUUGUUACUAUUGCUAAUGAUAUGAAUAAAAAUAAAAAAGAGGGACUUAAAGUUGAGGAAGAUAGAGUAUGGGUUAAAUAUAAAGAGGGAUUUUCUAAUGCAGUUAGGAAAAAAGUUACAUGGAAAACUUUAUUUGAAUAA